ACCAACAAGACUCUGUUUAGUCACUUAGAGUCUGUGCUGCAGCGCUGACCCUUCAGGAAAUAGUCAACCUCCUUCUGAACAAUGGAUGACAUCUAUGCCAAUGUUGAAAAUGACAAGUCUGUUUACCCAAGACCUUCAACAAAUCAGACAGGUCCCAGGAGCUCAGAGAGGAGAUUUCAUGGAGCUGUUGUUCUCUGUCUGGGGCUGCUGAGUGUUUUCCUGCUGGCUGGGAUCAUCGGCCUCGGUGUCCACUACCAUGUGUCAUUACGUGGAUCAGCUGCAGAGCUCUCCUCUAUCAAAGCCAACCUGACUGAGCGUCUCCAGGCCAGUGAUAACAAGUCUUCUUCCCUGACUGAAGAGAGAGACCGGCUGAACUCCAGCCUCACUGAAAUGGCUAAAGAGUUGGACAGGCUUAAACAGAAGAAAACGUGUCCAGCCGGAUGGAGGAUGUUCAAUUCUUCCUAUUAUCUCCUCUCUGCUGAGUCUGGUUCCUGGGAGAAAGGCAGACAAGACUGCAGAGAGAGAGGAGCAGAUCUGGUGGUGAUAGAAAGCUCUGAAGAGCAGAUGUUUCUCUCUGAAUUCAUAACAAAAAAUACUUGGUAUUGGAUUGGUUUGACUGACAGAAAUGAGGAGGGGACCUGGAAAUGGGUAGAUGGAACUCCACUGACUCUGAAGAACUGGAGGACAGAGCAGCCUGAUAAUGGCCGUGGAGAUCCACAGUGGGGCGAAGAGAACUGUGUACAUAUUGGACCUUACACCACUGGGUGGAAUGACCUGUCAUGUGAAAAAGUCAUAUACUGGAUCUGUGAGAGACGUUGGUGUAUGUUUUGAGAUCAUACAUUUGAUAAUGCUUUUUACAGUGUAAGCUAUGAUCUCCAUCAUGUGAUGAUAUGCAUGUGUGCUUGUGUGUCCAUAACAGGGUAUCAGUGAACACAAAAUACUGGGACUAAUAUGUAUGUAAAUGCCUGAUUAAUCUAUAUAUAAUAUAAGCAGCAAUGUAACCAAUUCCUCUUCAGUCUAGUGUGUGUCACCUGGGUGUACAUGGGGACUGUUGUUUGCAAUCAAUAAAUAAUCCUUUAAAAUCAGA